UCUAACUAUGCGAUCCUUCUCCGUGGUGUUUAUAAACCAUUAAGUUUCGAUUAAGUAGAGAAAAAACUAAGAGUGAAUACUUUGAACAAAAAUAUGUUUCGUCAGAUGGGACUAAGAGCAACCAGUGUGUGCAUAUCUAAAUUUAUUUAUUUAUAACCAAAAUCGUUUUGCUCUUUUGUUACCCUCUCAUGCGGACGCUCAGUAUAGAUUUAGAUGCUGUUACUGAACGAACAACUUCUAUUGCCGUGCCAAUAUUUGAGCAUCUUUUCCGGUUGCAGAGUCAGUUUGAUUGGCACCCAAAAUUUAAACAUAUGACGACCUUCGAAGUUACCUCGGAAUUGUACGCAGAAACUGAUUUUGCUACAACGAGUACAUCAAAUGGAAACAGCAUAUCGAAAUUUACAUUUGUCUACCCGAAAGUAGGUAAGAAGGCACCGAAAAAUUCCGAAAACGGGAAUGGUUCGGAAACUGACGACAAUGGUGCAUAUGAACAAAGCGAUACAUCAAGGGAUAUUUUUGAUAGAUGCACAGUUCAUUCAAAUAACGUACAUGACGAUAGCCCUUGUGACAAACAUCAAUCGAAGUCCACGCUUUUAGAGUUAGAUAAGGAUGGAGAUUUAAUUCUAGAGAGAAGGUCAAAUGGGGUAAUCGAAAUAGAGCAUCAACAAUCUACAAAACUUAAUCUCGUUGGACUGCAAAUUUGGCGCGGUGCGUUGUUGCUAGCGGAUUAUAUUCUACAUAACGAGAGAAAAUUUAAAAAUAGAAAAAUUUUGGAGUUGGGAUCCGGUGUUGGAUUAACUAGUAUAGUAUCAAGUUUGUUUGCUCGGGAAGUAAUCUGCACGGAUAUUAAUGUUGGUGGGCUUUUAGAGCUCAUUAAUGCGAAUGUUGCCAGGAACACACAUUUAAAAAACCCAAACUGCAACGUGACUGUUACUGAACUUGACUUUACAAUAAGGUACGAAGAUUAUCCUGAUGACCUUAAGAAACAGUUACAAGAUGUGGAAUAUGUGAUAACUGCUGAUGUGAUUUACGAUGAUAACAUAACAGAAGCGUUCGUACUCACAAUUGAAGAUUUACUGUUGGAAUUACCAAAACUGAAAGCUAUUUACAUUGCUCUGGAAAAACGAUACGUGUUCACUGUAGAGGAUGUCGAUUCUGUCGCCCCUAGCUAUGAGCAUUUUUUAAGAGUUUUCUAUAGAAGAAAUAACCGGUUCGGGAUCGCGCGAUGGAAGCUUAUGCAGGUAUCGCUUAACUUUCCGCGUUAUUUUGAGUACGAAAAAGUAAAAGAACUUAUAUUAUUAAAAAUUUCCAAUUGAUAUUUGUUAACAACAAAUGCUUCGAAAAAUAGUUA